GCUCUCCAACUGCUGCAUGCCCUCCACCCUCUCAACUCUCUUCAUCCUGUGAUGCAUUCAGAUUUGGGACAGCUGUGGAAGGAGAUGAUUCCUGAGCUUAUUCAAUAUCUAGAAACACAUAAUGAAGGAACUCUGGAAGAGGAGAAAUGGAAGGACAAGCUGCUUCAGCUUUUAGAAAGGUCAAUGGAAGCCAUUAUGGAUGAUGCAUGGUCCUGUGAGCUUGCAAAUGAGAUUCUUGUGAAAAGUAAAAGCUAUUCUCAGAGGCCCCAAGAUAAGUUUUUCCCAUAUAAAUUUUAUGGGGCAGUCUUACGGGCAUCAAGAAACAGAGAUAUGGUGAGAGAGUACCUCAGCAUUAUACUGCGGACUUCUCAGCAGGAGGAAGCUGAGAGAGAGGGGAUUGCUUCAGCUAUCAGUCUUGUAGCUACCCGCCACCUCACGGACACUUUGGUGGUGCUUCAGGAAUUUAUUAGCAUGAUGAACCCAGAAGGAAGCUCACCCGAUGAGGAUGCACAGCAGAGUAUGUGGAGUAUGACAUCCAGCACCCUUCACCUUUGCUAUGACCAGAUGGCUAAGGAAACAAAGGACAACAUCCUGCCCUGGGUAGACCACAUCCUAUCCCAAAUGUUAUACCACCAUUGCCGCUAUACUGCCUCAGCCACGAACCUAAGUCUGAAGCUGAACUUUCUGAGGUCAGUGGCUGCAUUCACCAGAACUGUUGGCGACAUUGCCCAAAAAGCAAAAGAAGCCCAUGAAUUCUCACAGAAAACAAUGAUUGUGGCUUUCAUGGUGAAGCUGAUUGAAGAAGAGUCAGUGAACUUGCUGUCUAACCCCGUGCGCCAGCAGGCCAUGAUUGUUGUCACAAAUCUGAGAAAGCUGAAGCCACCACUGAAACCUGAGAAGAAAGCUAAUCUACUUCGGGCAUGCUACAAAAGUGUCUUUUCUCUGCCACCAGUAGAGACCAUGUUAGCAGAGGCAUGUGACAAUAUACAACGCCAACUCUCAGAGUCUCUGUACAAGGAAACUAUAGAUGCCUUGAGAGGAAUGCUUGAGGGUUUGGUAUUCGAAUGUCCUGUGGAGGCCCAGAAGAUUUUGGAGUACCUAGAGCCCUGGCUCAUCUCUAGAAAGGAUCAUGAGCGGGAACGGGCAAUGUGGUGCAGUGCCCGGAUCCUAAGAUGUGUGGCCAAGCUUCCCAAUUUUGAUACAUCAAUUGAAUUCAGCAGACUAGGUCGCCUGGUUAGGCUGCUUGCCCUUCGAUGCCAUGACCCAGUGGACAACAUCUGUUUCUUGGCAGCCCGGGCAGUAUACAACUUGUAUUGUAUCCAGCUGGUUAAAAGGCAGCUUAAGAAGGGACAUGGACUGACGAAGGUAGACACGCUAAAAAAUCUGGGAACAUACAGUCCCUCUGUGUUCUACAACAACACCUCACAAAUUGCUAAGGCCUUUGCAGAAUAUUUUACCCCACUACAGCUAACAAACCUGGUUCUGACAGCGCUUGAUGGGUUAACAGAUCCCAGGGGGAAAAUCUCUCGGGCAGCUGGAGAACUUCUCAGUGCGAUUCUGGAAGAACGGGGAGCUGAUCUGGAGAAGGUAGAUGACACUCUGACUGGGAUUUACCAGCGUCUCAGCCUUAUCCAUGAACCCACUACGAGGCAGGAAAUGUUGAGGGCAGUGUGUUUUUUGGCUGGAAACAACACCAAGAAAGUGGUGCCUAUCCUGUUGGACCAUCCUCUCCCAUGGGACAGCAACACAACUGAGCUAUGGAGGUUUUUGGGCACCAGAAGAGAAACCACACUCAAUGUUCUUCAGCUGCUGAUAACAAUCUUGGAGGAAAAACCAGUCCAAAAAGCCAAAAGCAAUAUCUCUGAUGAUGAGAUCGCCCUCCAGCCCGUUGCUGUGACCUGUGCGCUAUGUGAGAUGCUCUCCACCCCCAACUGCAGAGAUGCAGUGCAGGAACUUUACCCUCGCCUCUUAUUGGCGGUGCUUGGACAUGUACAGCGAGUCAUUGAGCAGAAUCCAUUAGAGAACAUGGGGGUCUACAGGAAAGAGGGUGGCCAAGGGGAGAGCUGUGCUCUGGAGGCUGUGAAGACCCUGCUUUCAGGUGCUGGUUAUGUUGAGGUAUUAGACUAUGUCGAGGAACACAGAGGUUGGGACCUGCUCUCCAGCCCCAGUGAUUACUACUGUGGAAUAAUGGAGAUCACAAGUGCCAUGGUAAAGCAUUUCACGCCUCUUAAUCUGCACCGGAUUUUUAACCAGCUGAUACCGCUGCUCAACAGUGAGAAUGAGCAUGAUAAAAUUAUGUCCAGGGCCUUUUAUGCUCAGGCAACACACCUCAGAAACCUCCUUCAGAUCCUUCGGGAGUUCUUAAAAGAGAAAGAGGAGAGGAUUGCGGAGCAGGCUGUGAAAGCCCUACGAAAUAUCAUUUAUUACAUGGAAGGGGAAGAGGUCAAGGUUGCAUUUUGCCAUAUCGUCCGGCCUCUUUGGCAGCUAACUACUGACGAGAGAGAGAAAGUGCGCAUUUCUGCCAUCAUUGCCUUUGGCAAAAUGCUGAAACGUGUGAACAAAUAUAAACCUGGACCUGUCAUCCAUAACGAGAUCUACUGUGCCCUGGUGCCGCUGAUGCUCGUGAUGCAGGGGAAUAAUCAUGAGAUACUCAAGGUGAAAAAGUGCAGGAGAAUGUUGGGGGAUUUCUUACUUAAGAGCAUAACCUACCUAAAGAACCCACAGCCCCUUUUACGAGAGGCAGCAGCCAGGUUUAUAGAGUUCACAGUAAAGAAUUUGAACUUGAUUGAAGUUGACAGAGAUGAUGUGAUGCUGCUGCUCAGAGCUCUUGAGGAUCUCAGAUAUGACCCUGUAGACUCAGUCAGCAUUGCAGCUAUAGACACCAUAACAAAUAUUGAAACAGCUUGUUUGCCUGAAGCAGAGCCUCUCUCCAGACUGAGGAAGUUUUUCUGCUCUCUGCCUGUUCAAAGAAAGAUCAAGAUUUUUAAAGUCAGAGAAAUCCCAUUAAAGUACAAGUUUAGCUCAAAGCAAUUGAGAGGCAAAACUGUCCCUGAAGGUACCUCAGCAGCCAACCAAGAAAAAGAGGAAAAAAGCAUGAAACAGAAGCUAUGGAAGUUCUCAAGGAAUAUGAAAAGGAAGACACUCAAAUGUUGUGGAAAUACCUUCCUCAGAGGUGCUGCAGCUGCAUAUUAA